AUGGGGAAACCGCGAUCCCCCGCGCAUGUCGAGGCAAAUGUACCAUGGGUUCAAUGGCCAAACCCCCCUUAUCCUCCGGGCGUCCACGUCCCCUGCCUGACGUGGUUCAAAUCGGAUGCCACUCAAUCCAUCGAUUGGGACCUGCAAGAACGACACACUGAAUUUCUUGUCCGCAGCGGAGUACACGGAGUUGUCAUCGCAGGUACCAAUGGCGAAGCAGCCACUCUGAUCCCGGAAGAAAAAUCGAGAUUGGUGCGCCUUACUCGGUCCACGGCGCAGAAGCUCGGUCGACCCGACCUACCCGUUACAUGUGGUACAUUUGGAGGAUGCACGCAGGCCAUUAUUCAAGACACAAAAUUGGCGGCUGAGUCCGGCGCGGACUUUGCUCUGGUGCUGGUGCCAUCGUUCUUCCAUUUCGCGUUGGAUAGCGCUACAAUCAUCGACUUCUUUCAGGAGGUUGCCACAGCAUCGCCGAUUCCUCUCAUCAUCUAUAAUUUCCCCGGUGUCGCGGCUGGGCUCAAUGUCAACUCAGAAAUGUUGGAGACGCUGGGUGAGCAUCCCAAUAUCGCGGCUGUGAAGCUGACGUGUGGGUCCAUUGCGUCGGUUGCAAGAACAACGGCCAAGUUUGGACGAGCGCUAAGUGGAAGUCCUGACUUUGUGGCCAUGGCUGGUCAAAGUGAGUGGUUGGUGCCGUGUCUGAGCGUUGGAGGUGCUGGUUGCAUUACAGGUGUUGCAAAUUUAUACCCCAAGGUUUGGAGACGCCUUCUUGGGCAGUAA